ACCCUUUUGGUGAUAGGAAUCAGUCUUGGGAUUGUUCUGGUCGCUCAGUUCCUCUAUAAGUGGGUCAGACGUUGGUGUAUAACGUCUUGAAUUCACUGUGUCAUCGUAAUCGUUCUGAUUCACGUCCGCUCAGUUGUUUUCCUUGAAAAUCUGGUGGAUUUCGAUGCUUGUCGUGGUAUAAUUUUUGUUUUUCCGCAAUUGCUUAGUGUUGUGAUUUGCAAAUACAGACGUUAAACGAAGUUUUAGCCCGUGGUGUUCUGUCAGGGACUCUCGAGUCUACCAUAUAUUGCAUGUACUACGCGUUUUGAUAUCAAAUUGAAGGCUUAUAGAACUAUCCGUAAUUGGACUACCUAUAUAGGAAGAUGACGAGUCGUAGAGUUAAGUUUCGCCCAACCUAAGAUGUCCUGUGGCUUUGUAAAGGAAAAUGUUUGUUGGGGGCCUGUCAUGGGAAACAACCCAGGAGACCCUCCAACGUUACUUUGGUCAAUAUGGCGAGGUCAUUGAUUGCGUCGUAAUGAAGAAUAGUGACACGGGAAGGUCUAGAGGUUUUGGCUUUGUCACGUUUGCAGACCCCAACAAAGUUGAUGUUGUUUUGAAAAGUGGUCCUCAUGAAUUGGAUGGGAGAACUAUUGACCCAAAGGCCUGCAAUCCACGAAGUAUGCAGAAGCAGAAGAAAAAUGGGAACUGGCCUAAAGUAUUUCUUGGUGGUCUCCCAUCCAACUUAACUGAGACAGACUUACGGAAUUUUUUCUCGAGGUUUGGUGCUGUUAUGGAAGUGGUGAUUAUGUUUGAUCAAGAGAAGAAGAAAUCCAGAGGCUUUGGGUUUUUGUCCUUCGAAACGGAAGAGGCAGUGGAUAGAGCGGUGGCUGAGCACUUUGUCAACAUAAAUGGAAAGCAGAAGGUUGAGAUAAAGAAGGCAGAGCCACGAGAUGCAAGCAAGGCGCAGGAGGAUGCUGGUCAGUGGGGCACUCCUCCAGACAAUCAGUGGGGAAUGCCUGUUGGACCCCCUGGGAUGCCUGGACUCAAUAAUGGAAUGGGCCCAGGUAAUAUGGGUCCUCCUUUAGGGCCCCCCUUAGGACCUCAUAAUAGUCAGAUGGGAGGGCACAUGGGAACCCAAGGAAUGGUCCAAGGCCCGUACCAAGGCUGGGGUACUCCUCCGCAGCAGCAGGGAUACCCACCGCAAGGGUAUGGUGCCCCCCAGGGCCCUCAAGGCUACCAGGGUUGGGGUGCAGGCCAAACACUGCAGCAGUGGGGUGCACCUAAUUACGGGUCUCCAGGAGGCCAGCAGUACGGAAGUUUCGGACCAAUGGAGGGUGGAUCGUGGGGGUGGACGUCCCCCACCUCUCCCUCCUCCACACCUCAGCCACACGAACGGGAUCCAUAUGGACGUAAUGCUCCCCUUGGCGCUUUGGUGACAGGAGCGCCUGGUGCCCCGUCACCUAAUCUAGCCGCUGCAGCGGCUCCUCAGCCUGGGGGGAAAACCUCAGCAGAUUAUAGUUCCUGGGGUCAGUACAACUACAACCAGAUGACAAGUGAAAGCACUGCGGCUGCAGCAGCAGUGUUCAAUCAUGGUCAUGGUCGCGGUUACAACGAUGGUGGGCCUCAGGGACAGGCACCUGCCCACCAGGGCAAUACUAGGGCCCCCUACGCAGAGGAUGCAGCCAAGGAAGAGAGCAUAAUGAAAGGAGGGAAGAGGAAAGUAGUGGAUGAUGAUUUGGAGUUGUGUAAGAAGAGGAAAUUUCACCCUGAACAGGAUAAGGAGUCAAUUGAGAAUAGAGCCGUUGCAGGAUAUUCGGGGGAUAUGACAGUAGAGCAGUAUAUGACUUACAUGUAAAAGAAAAGUAAAAAUCGCAACAUUAGCCAAUGGAUGAAGCAAACUUAGCCAUCGUUGUGUCAGCAUUUGACUGCUUUGAGCCUCUCAUGGCUACUUACAAAGAACACCAUGAUAGUAUAGUUGUAGUUUUAACAUAAUUUUGGAUGUACCUUGGUUAUUCUCUUUAUUUAAUUGAUUUACCUUGAUUAUGUAUUGAUAUUUUUAUAAUGUAUUUUUUCCAUGGAUUAGGACAUAAUUACCCCUACACCUAUAGCACAUACAGAAAUCACUCAGGGACCUUUUUGUUAUACAAGUGAUGAUUUGUCAUGCCAUUGAAAAGGGGGUAAUUAAUUUUGGUAUUCACAGGACUGACUGUUUGGCAAUCCCAAACUAUUGUCUUAGCAAAAUCACUACUAUAGUAAAACUCGUUUUGACAUGAUGCCAGCAUUAUUUUGUCUCCUAACUAGUCUAAUUAAUAUCAGAGUAAUUUCUGGUAAUUAGAAAGUCAGAUGUUAUGUUUUUCAUAUUCAUUCUAUGAAAAACUUCAUAUUUUUGUUCUUGUCAUCCAGUUAAUAUAAAGUACAAGGUUCACUAGAUACAGUAAUAGUAAAAUACCUUAUGAUCCCAUGUGAAUAUAGGAACUGGUGUUGUUCUAACUUUUUCACGGAAUUUUGUUACAGAUUCCAAGAAACAAGGUAUUUUAAAACUACUUUUUAAUGAGUAUUUUCUUUGUUUUCCUUUUUUUUUCUUUUUUUCUUCUUAUAUUACUACCCCAUAUCAGGAGAUGAGAACACCUCUAAACUAGGUGGAGUACAAACAUAGAUAACAGUCUGUACAAUUUUCAUGGUUCUAAAAAUAAUUUAAGCAAACUAUAGAUUAGCAAGUUUUAAAAGUGGUUAUAAGGUAAUUUUUGUUAUUACAUUUUAAUUGAAGCAACUACACAAAUCUGCUUUUUGUAGCAUGUGUCUAUACCUCGUGUGCAUGUGUUUGUGUGUUAAAGGUGGUAUAUAUGAAGGGCAGUUCAUGUGGAUUCAUGAAUGAAAAGUAGAGCAAAACCAUGUUAGAGUAUUGUAACUUAAUUUCUGUUUUUAAGUUGUCAUUUAUGCUUUAAAGUAUGUAUGUAACAGACAAAAAUGAAGAAUUACAGGUUUUGUAGUUUUCAUUGACAGUAUAAGGGUUGCUGAAACAUUAACUAAAACAUUUCCAAGUUCUCAUCCUGUAUUUUUUUUUAACAUUUUUUCAUGAGUUAUAGAAAGGUGAAUAUUAUUAAGAAGGGAAAUUAAUGUAAUCAUGUUUAGCAAUGAGGCAUUAAUUCGUUUGUGAAAAUGGGCUAGGUAAGUCUUGAAGGCAGUUUUGAAUGAAGGAUGGUGGUGGUGAUGCAGUAUUGGUACAGGCCAAGGGAAAUGGCCAGCAGUGCUAGGCAAAGAGAGAAAAGGAAAAAAAAAAAAAAAUUUAGCAUGAUGUAUUGGGAGUAUUGAUGGCUAAUGAUCUCUUUUGACACAAAGCAAAUGAGUACUUUUAUAUUCUAAUGUAGGUUGUGAUUAAUGGCAAUACGUAUGAGAUUAUAAGACGAAGGUGCUGAGCCACAGUUGGAAUUAGUUGACGAGAUCCCAAGGAGCAACUUCGUGAAUUCAGUGAGCUCUCGUAUCAUAAAUGUACCGUUUAAGUUGGGUUUUUCACGUUUUUGCCCAGACAUUCAAGAGAUAACUGCCUGAUGAUUGAUAUAUAAGGCCUAAUACGUGCUCUGGUAAUUAUUUUCAGUUAGAGUAGUGAGUAUAUCCUUAGCCAAGGUGUGAGACAAGAUCUUUUCUUUUAUAAAGAGAAAGAAGUACUUACUAUUUUUGAAAAGAGAAACACUUAGCAUAUCCUUAACAACUUUCAUUUCGCAGGGGCAGCUCGGUAUGGUAGUGAGGGAAUUUUAGGGCACCAGGGUGGGGAUCCCCAAACCAACGGCCGGCCCUCGCCCAGUACUGCUCAGCCAUCGACCUACAUCAAGCUAUAGUCAUGAAAUUUUUGAGGGUUACAUUGUGUAGAUAACGCUUGCCCCGCUGGAGGAGUGCCAGGUCCCCACCAGCUGCGACCAAAAAAUACCCCAGUGAAAUGUUAAGAAUUCUAAGUAUGUAUUUGUGAAUUUUGAUUAAUUUUUUUUUUCAUUGUUUUUAUUUUGAAGGAUUAGUCAUUUUUUAUUCAUUUAUUUUUUAUUUUAGUUAAUGGUUUUGUUACAGUGCCCUGUAGAUAUGUCAGGUAAAGAAGACAAAGUUUGUUAGGGGAAAUAUAGGUAUUACUUUUGCUAGAUUCUGAGGACUUCUUAACAUUGUUGAUUGCUUUAUCUUGUAAAGAAAAGGAGAAAAGAAAAAAAAUCAAGCCAAGGUUUCUUUUUGACCUAGGCUGUAUCUUGCGUUGGUUGCAGUCAGUACAGUAGUAUUUGGAAGUAUGAAUUGUAGUUUUAUGCAAGUGGAAAUAGUAGUAGAACUACAGAUAGUUAUCCUUGUGUCCUCUCAUAGUUAGGAUUUUGUUUGGAAUUUUACUUUUGUGUGCACACAAUCAUGCAACAUCCUUCCAGCGUGGGCACAGUGUAUUAGAAACAGUACGCCUCCGCGACCAACAGUACACUAGAAUUUCAAGGAGUAUGAAUGACCAUCCCUACAUUGCCUACUUCUUACUUAACUAAGCAAUGUAAGUCACCACAACUCUAACACACUUUUUUUAUGCCCACCACGAUAAACCUCUCUCUCCACCUGGUCUAAGGUUAGAAGUAAGAUAUAAAGAAGACCAAAGAUUAGCUCGUAUCAAGAACUGCCCUCCGUACAGGACCAUUUCUCUUUCCCCUUUUCCAUCGUAUAUUUUUAGCACAUAACUCGCUCUCUUGUUAAUUUCAUUUAUAAACAGGUUACGUGGACGAGCAUUAUCGAAUGUUUUUACAUGUUUGUCAAUACUGUAUUUAAUUUUUUAAGGUAGGUUUUCUAGGUGAAAAAAAUUGAUUCUCAGUAGUGUUAAAGACAUAGCUCAUAAUUUUAUUGUUAUUAUUGUAAAUUUCCUUUAUCUGAGUAAUAUUAAGGUUUAAUGAUAUAAUAAAGUCAAAUGUUUUAAUACCUCGUCGCAACAAAAUGGCAGUGUGCUUGAAGUGCCGUCGGUUUUGUCAAGGUAAAUGUGGCCAGGCUCAAGGUUGCUGUGUGUAUUAGGAAGCUGCAUUUCAGAAUUGUGUAGUCUAUAGCAUAUUGAGUUUCUGUAUAUGUGGCUUGUCAGGAUAGUUAAUGUAUAACUCAUUUUGUGACAUUGCUCCUUUUCAUUUUAAUUUUAAAUUAUUAUGUUCUUUUUUAUAUAAUUAUUAUUACUUGUAUGGUGGCUAUGUGGCCAGGUUAACCUAGAUGAGCUGCCGGUCUUCUGGUUAUUGUCGUUCUUAGGUCGUGUCGCUCCUUGGGUCCUGUACUGUUUGGGCUUUACGUGAAUUCCCCGGUUGUAAACAAAGAGUAUGUGGCUCAGUGGUUUUUUAACUGUACAAUUUUAGGUACAAUAUUGUUAAGAAGAAUUGGUUUUGUGCUCAUUUCUUAUGUUGAGGCCGUUGUAUUUGAUACUGAAAUAUAACUUAGUGUACCGAUGCCUUUUGUACAGCAUUUAGGUUUUAAGUUUUAGCCUAUAUUUUGUACAUACAGACUUUUUUAAACAAUGAUACUGGAGGUUUAAGUGUAGGUAUUUUGUGUAAAUGAUUGAGUGUGUCGCCAAAUGGCAGUUGAUGUGUACUGUUUCUUUUUUCCUUUUAUUUUAAAAUUGUUUGAAAAGAUACUGUAAUAUUAAACAGCUGACUCCCUUACAAAGGUUAGUUUGUAAGGAGGUGCCUCCCCCAUGCCUGUAUUAGUAGCUGUUGUUGGGAUGUUGCAGCCGAAGCAAUCUAUCAUCAAACCCCCAGAUAGAUAACUGAUAUUUUUUGUUUUUAAGGUGACAUCAAAUAUUGUGUACCAUAGUGAAUGUGAGUGAAUGGCUUUUUUAUACUGGAUGUGGCUUGGUUCGGCUGGGACUCCCUUUUUAUGGUUGAUGCCGUGUUCAAAAGUUGCAGUGUGCGGCUGCUAAGUAAAUUUUGUUCAUGAACUGGUACAAUGUAGGCGAGUAGUGCAGCUGCCUUGAAUGAAUUAUUGGUCUUUUUAAAAGAACAAAAGUUGCAAGGUCGGUUGUUUAUAAGCAGCUUCAAAACAGAUGGCUAUGAUGUGUAAAGAAAGUAGCAGCACUCCAAUCACCCCCAAACUGAUGUAGAAGUUUUCUUUUUAUUUUUUUUUUUUCCAACUUUUUUUGGGAUACAUCUGGCAGUGUUUCAAUACAAAAGGGUUAGCAGAAAAACAAUGGGGAGCGGCUCUCACCUUACCGCUGCAAAGCCUGCUAUGCCCAGAAACCCUCACGUCUUGACCCACCUUUAUAAUACUUCAGUUUGAAUGAAGAUGUAUAAAACAUGGUAGGGGUAGGUGGAGGAGGAGUGUUUGUAUAUAUAUUUUUUUCAUAUAUAUACACAAGGUGUUGACGACUUACAUAACAGUAAAAACAAAAAAAAAAAUUAAAGAUCCCCAUGUGUGUGCAAUGCCUUCAACAGGUACUUUGCAAAAGUAGUUGUUUACACUUGGGAAGGAAGGGGAGGCUAGUGUUUGAAUAGGCCUGGAAUGUGUUUGCAUAUGCCUACAAAUGAUCCACUGUAUUUGCUCCCCCUCCUCCUUAAUAAAGGCCUCCCCAGAAGCUUGUACAGGUGUAUUAAAAUAUAUAAAAAAAAUAAAAAAAAAAUAAUAAUAAAAGCAAGGCAGUUUAAUCGUGCACUGUCUAGCCUCUUAAGUACUACCUGAAUGUGUCUAUGUAUAUCAGGUGUGCUGUCUAGAAAGUGUACGUUUGUCCCACACUCUUUCUGGUGUGCUGCAUGGAAUACUCAUCUUUUGUGACCUUUGUACUUCUUAAGGUAGAAUUUGUAUCUAAGAAUUUGAUGAGAAUGCUUAAGCAACGUUUUCCUUGCUUGUAAAAAGGUGCUUACAAAAAAAUUGGGUGUAUGUACUUGUGCUGUGGGUAGAAGUAAUUAAAAAGUCAUUUGCUUUUAUUAUUUACAAUUUUUAUUAUUUGAAAACGUGCUUGAGCACUCUCUCUUUCUCACGCUUUCCUGGUAGACUAUGCAUAUGUAAGGUGAUUUUUACAAUUAAAUUUGUACCGAGAAAUUGAUAUUUUAAGAGUGUGGUGACGGUUGUCCCGUCAGGCGGUGUAGUAUUCCUUGCAGAUGCCAUAAGAAGUGGAGGGUUUUGUUUUGCUGCAUCAGUUAGUUGAUACAGUAUUUUUGGACUGCCGUGUGUGCAACAUUGGCCUGUGGAAUUGAUUGUGUUGCAGCUCUUUGUGAAGUAAGUAAACUGUAUGUGUGCCUACAAACACACAAGAAUUUAUGCUCAAAUCAUAUUAUUAUUACACUAAGACUUGAGUGAACCAGGAAAUUGAAUAAUAAUGUUUUAGAUGUAAUUAUACCAAGUUGUCGUAAUAACAACACUGUCAUCAGGGAAAAUUUUGAUUAAGUAGAUCUUCUAUACCAUAAUGAACAUCUUUUUUUAUUUGAAACUUUGUACAUAUAGGGUUAAGGCUGCAAAACUAGAGAGUGCCACAUUUUAGAAAUUAAAUUUAGAGAUAGUUUAAUUUGUACAAUCCUGCUAGUGUGUACAGCAGAUAAACGGCAAAAUAUAAAUGACAGAAAAGAGAUCUUUUUAUCUCCCUUAUUACUAAAGUAAGGAAAUAACCAUUGUUAGGAAAGCCUUGUUCUUUUGAAAUUUCCACAAAAGCCAAGAGCUAAUGUGUGGAUAAUGCUUAAGCUAGUUAUCAUUUCUGUGACAUUCAGUAGCCACAUAAUAUUGAAUAUGAAACAGCAAUGUCAAACAUUCUGUAUUGAACUUUAAUAAAUAUAAUAAAACA